AGCCUGGUUGCUCUUCCCCAAAAAGUUGGGACCCUGAGGUGUCACAGCUUCUCUUUUGAGAUCGGACUGGAGUUAGGAGGGUGAGGUCCAUCCUGGUAGACACAGACACACAUAGACACACACACACAUAGACACACAGCUUCCUGUAACAUUUCCAGGUGUCCUAUUCCAUCUCUCCGUCUAGGGGGUUUUCUUCUUGGUCCUUCCUGAGACCUCUUGGCUCCCAAGACCCUCUUGAUUUGGGCAGGGAUGAGAGUGCCCCAGGGUGGGAGAGUCAUGGAUCCCUAAAAAGAGGAGGCUGCUCCCCCUCUGCCCUCCCCCCACCUUCAGAUUUCCUCAUCUGCCUCGACAGCUUCCGGUGGGUGGAGAGGUGUAUGGACCAAUUUGCGGGCUGGGGACUGUGGACGUGGAGGAAAUCUACAAGCACCAGGGAGUCAAGAUGCAGGCACCAGCCUUCAAAGAGAAGAAACGGGGGGUCCCAACCAAGAAUCAAGGUGCCCAUGACCCAGACUAUGAGAAUAUCAUCUUGGCCUUCAAAAACCAGGACCAAGCGAAGGGUGGUCAUUCACGACCUACGAGUCAAGGUGAGCAGACACCCACCUGCUCACAUCCCAUCACACCUUGGGAAGGGACAGUCCCAUCACAGUGCAGGCCACCCUCAGACUCUAUCCAGAUCCCCUGUUGGUUGUACAGAGCCAUCCUGAGCGUGUACGCCCUCUUGGCCCUGGUCUUCAUCCUCUGCAUCGUCCUCUCUGUCUUCAUCUUGGUGAAGAAUUCUGAGAUGUCCAAGGAGCUGGUGGACUUAAAAAGGGACCUUUGGAAUGUCUCAAACUCCAUGCAAACACGUGAGGAGAGGCAGAAGAAAGACUGCGAAUCCAUUAAGGAGAGCAUCAAAGGGGUCAGAAGCAAGGUGGAGAAAUUAGAGACACCGUUAGCAGACAUAAAAAACAUUGAGACAAAGGUACAGAGAAUCUUGGAGGUGCUGGAGAAAACCUCAAAGUCUUCAUCUAAAUAAAGGAGGGGACAUUGUGGCAGCCAAAGCUACAGCUUGGAAGAUGGGGUUGCACCUGCCGAUGAAGAUGGGAAAUGACCCCCUUCCAGCCUAGUGUGAAUUUACCCCUCAUCCUGCAUAUAGAAAAACCUCUAGUCAUGGUGAAUGAGUGUCUCAGAGCUGCUUGUGUGCCUGUGUGUGCGCGUGUGUGCGCGUGCAUGUAUGUGUGUGCAUUUUGCUGAGGGUGGCCAUUUCAGUGUGUCCCCCAGAAAGGUGAUGAAUGAAUAGGACCAUGAGAAUCACAGUGAGUGUGGCAUGCAUGCCUGUGUCACGUGAUAUGUAUGAGUCUCGGCAUGUCACGGCAGUUGGCUGUGUCUGAGGACGUCCAACAGAUGUCACUCUGAGUGUGGGUGUCAGUGACAUGCACUGCACGGGGCCGUCUCCCUGUUUGUGUAAACGUGCCUGAGUGUACUGCGGCAUGUUGUGGGUCUACACGUUAUGGGGGGGGAGAUGUGCACACUAUGGAAAUGUAUCUCUGUAUGUAUGAGUGUCGCCGUGUGUGCCCUGUCACUACCUGUGCCUGGGUGAAUGGCUGUGUCAUUAUGAGCGUGCUGACUUAUGCCAUCCUGUGUGUUCAGGACACAUGCACACAGACAGUCAUUUAUUUCUGCACUCACAUUUUGUGACUCAUGAAGAGAAAUAAAGAGAAAACUGCGUC